AUGUCGCGCACUGCAACGUCAAUCGAGCUCAUGGAAUACCCUCAGACUCCAUUAACAGAUCCACCCAAUGUGCAUAUCAAGGGCGACCGAGCUUCGUCUUUGAACGACGAUGGACAGCCAAUCAUCGCUUCAACUAAUGCCGUCGAUGUCGAGCAUUUGCAGGCACCAGGGAAAAGGACGACUGCCAUUGUUCUUGUGACAGUUGUGUGUGUCACAAUGAUCAGUGCCAUGCUCUCAGGAGUUACGACUGUUGUGUUGCCGACGAUGGCGAGAGACUUGCAGCUUGCACCAAGCUGCGUACUGCAGUCUGUGUUCACCCUUGCCUCUGGACUCUCCCGGACGGGCACUCAACUCAUCGUCUUCCGUGCUCUUGGUGGUAUCGCGAUAUCGUUCUGCUUACCCUCGGCAGUCAGCACUAUCACGGCUACAUUCCCAGAGGGCAAAAGCAGGAACAUCGCGUUUGCUUCAAUGGGUGGAGGCCAGCCCAUUGGGUUCUCGCUCGGCUUGGUUCUUGGGGGGAUAUUUGCCGAUACUAUUGGCUGGCGAUGGGGAUUCCACCUUUGUGCCAUUGUUAACACCAUCAUCUUCGUUAUCGCACUGUUCGGACUGCCCAAGGUUGCAGACAAGCAGACUCAGGUGUUUCACAGACUCAGGACUGAAAUCGACUGGGGUCGGGAUAGCCAUGGGAAGCAUCUCUUUAGCACUGCUUUCCUACUGCUUUGUAUCCGCGAAGCAACUACCCUCGGACUUCUCAUCACCGCAAUCGCUCUGAUCCCUGGCUUCAUCGUGUGGGUCGGACGCCAGGAGAAACUCGGCCGUCCAGCCGUGAUUCCAAACUCUCUCUGGAAAAACCGCAUCUUCAGCGUUAUCUGUGUGGGGGUAUUCCUCGUCUGGGGCGUCUUUAAUGGCAUCGAGACAUACAUGACGCUCUUCUUCCAAGACGUACAAGGUCUCUCUGCGCUCCAAACAUCGAUCCGUUUCCUUCCAACUCCUGUUGGUGGUAUCAUAGCCAACGUCGCAAUGGGACUGAUAGCCCACAGAGUGCGCGCCGACUACACCGUGCACAUUGGCGUCUUCCUGGCUACUGUGGCCGCGUUGCUGAUGUGCGUGAUCCAGCCUGAGUGGACGUAUUGGGUUUGCGCAUUCCCAGCUACCUUCCUCAUGCCGAUAGGCUCUGACGUCCUCUACACCAUCUCGAGUCUGGUAAUCACUUCGGUGUUUCCUGCCCGAACACAAGGGCUUGCAGGAGGCGUCUUUAAUACCAUCGCGCAGAUUGGCAAGAGUGUUGGACUUGCGACAAGCGGAGUGAUUGCAACUAGCAUCACAAGCCAUUCACGGCACCAGGAGAAAGAAGGCCCAGAAGCGCUCAUGGAGGGCUUCCGCGCUGCAUACUGGUACUUGUUUGCGCUCAGCUGCGCCACUGCGGUCCUGUUCGCGUGGGGGCUGAGAGGCAUUGGAAAGGUGGGAAUGAAGCGAGAGUAG